AACACCGCCAAUACUCGCAGUCGUUGCACAAGGCCAGCUCGGCUCUGCACUUAUCGGCACGCAGUAGCAAUAAUAAGAACCGGCAUAAUUUUGCUAGCUGCGACCCAGCGUUGAGGAGACCGGUUAGCCGUCGCCUUAUUCGAAAUUAUUACCCGCCACCUUCCCCAGCCUCGUGGCCCGGCCUUUUCCUCGCCUGCGAAAACGUGCUGUACUAAUCAUCAUUAAACUAUUUUCAUUCACAUUCCAUCCCACAUUUCUCCCCCGCACGUCCCUUUCUCUCAUUACAUCCAUGAAUUACAUCAUCAUCGUGCGAUAAAGAGCCCCUCCCUACCCUCUCUACCGCCAUGUUCAAGGCUCUUAUGGGAGGCGGAGACGCGAGCUCUCGCUCAUCUCGUCGCAAAUCGACUGCUGACGGCGACGACGCUCGAUCUUCCUCCCGCCGCCAGUCCAAGCGCUCUUCUGCUUCCAGUGUAUCUUCCAGCCGUAGGUCAACACGGGGUGACGACCGUGACCGUGACCUAGGAGAUCUGAGUGCCAGCCGAAGUGUCGCUGGAGAAUCAACGGCAACCUAUGUCACCGCCGAACCCCAAUCCUAUGCCGAGGAGGAGCCACUUGUGAUUGAGCGCGUUCCUCGCUAUGUCACCGAGGAAGAAGAUCGGGCUUGGGAAAACAAAAGUUCCAGGCGCGACUCCAAGAAUAAGGAGCGAAGGGAUACGAAGCAAAGGUCGGCCAGAGACGAGAUAGAUUCGGAGCGCGUUCGAACCCGUUCUGGUAAAAAAUCCUCUUCUGCUGAAACUACAUCCCAGCAUUUUGCCGACGACAUUGCUGCGCCCGGCUUCAAUCAGUUUCCCAUGCAGUACGAUGCAGCUAUACCUGGCCCGUCGGCUCCCUCCCAUUCUCCAUUAGAUCCCCAUCUGGCGCAACAAUUUCCCGGUCAAAUGUCAGGCGCGGGAACACAACCAUACAUACCACCCAACCCGGCUGGCCUGGCAGCAGAGUACUACGGUGAUCAGGGACAGUCUGUGGCCAAUCAGCCAGGAGUUCGUCCUCGUCCGCCAGAUGUGAUUGUAGGUGCGGAGCCCCAUCUGAUGUCCGCAUCGCCGCUCGCCAACCCGCCUCCAGAGCCAAGUAGCUUAGGACAGGUUGGCGCAGCUGCUGAUUAUUAUGCAGCUUCUGAUUUGAACUCCAAUCCAACUAUGUCGACGCCUUCAAAGCCGUCCAAGCCAGGAAAGACAUCGAAGCCAUCCUCGAAACCUUCUAAACAGUCCAAACCGUCCAAACCCACACCCCAGGGUACUGCUGGCGUGGGAGCUGCCACAUAUGGGAUUAGUCCUGAGUUGCUUAAUCAAGCUAGUUCUAAUUAUCCUGGCAUGUCAGGCAGCUUGCCGAACCCGACCAUUCAACAGAUAACGGCAUCGACAUCUCCCCAACAUGGUAUUGGCUUAGCUUUAGGCGGCGCUACAGCAGGUGCAGCAGCUGCUUACAUGAUCAAUCACCACCAUUCUAACUCUGACCACCAAAAUGAUACCUAUGGGAUUGGCGUACCUCCCCGACCCGGUAAUUUUACCUCGAAUGGGAACACCCCAGCACAAGGUGGCCCUGUCUACAACCCACAAUAUUUAAAUGGUCCUCCGCCUACCUACCCUUCAGGUGGCAUGCAGCCCGGUUCACUCGCAUACCACCAACGCCACCAUGGACCGCUUGCCAAAUUCAUCGAUUUUUGGAAGGAUCCAGAAGGUGUUGGAAAAUUCGAGGAUUACACUGAGGCAAUCGGAGUUUGCAAGUAUUGCUUUGAACCUGGCAGUUCUUCAAGGGACGCACCACGAAAGCAUCACUACAACAGACGAAAGCGUUCUCCUGUGGUUGAGAGGUACGGCAGUAGUACUCGGGUGGAUAAGUUGAGUCGUUAUGCAUCCUCUGAAGAUGAAAGUCGCCGUUCCAAGUCAAAGUCGGGUUCUUGGCUAGCCGGUGGUCUUGCUGGUGGGCUUGCGGGAUAUGUCGCCAAGUCUCUAUUCAAUAACAAGGAUUUUGAUGACACAUAUAGCGUCCGAUCCGGGCGACAGGUCGAUUCCCGCUCCUACAACUAUGAUGAAGCUAGUGCUGUAUCAUCUGGAAAGGCUAGCUCGACAUCUCGUGGUGUUUAUUCAAGUCGACCUGUGAGUGAUAGUAAGGUCUAUACUUCUAGGGACUCGAGGUCGUACAAAGCUUCUCGUCGUUCAUCUCGGUCCCGCUCCCGAUCCAGAUCUAGAGACCACCGCGGUCUCAAAGAAGCAGCUAUUGGGGCUGCUGUUGGUUCAGCACUGACCGCAGCAGCAGCAGGAUCAGUUCGGCAUCGAAGUACAAGUAGGAACAGGAGCAACAGCCGUGAAAAAUCGUCGCACCGUCAUAUAAGACGUAUAUCUAACUCCUCAGAGCACCUCUAUAUUGAUGGCCCACGCGGACGACGCAGAUCUAGCCCUAAGGGAUUCAAGUCAUUCUUCUCUGCUCCCUCGGCCAAUCGUCGGAAAAAGCAUGCUAGUAAGCGGCGGGGAUUCUUUUCGUUUGGCAACUCUUCAUCAUCCUCUGGUGAUUAUGAUCUGGCUUUUGGUGGGUCAGAAGUCUUCGGCUCAUCCGUGAGUGGCCGGUCUAGUAAAUCAAGCAGAUCGAUCAAUAAGCAUUCCAAGCCCAAUGUUGACGCUGAAAUUCUCGGCUUGGGACUGGCAGCAAGGCAGCUUGCUCAUGCAUCUUCAUCUCGAAGGGACGUUCACCCUCGUGAUCUAGCUCGGCCUUCAAAACAUUCUGGACCUCUCAGUCAUGAGGAUGAGGAGUGGGAAGAUGCAGAAUCUUCAGAUUCUGCUCUUUCUACAAAUCUGGCAUAUGGCGGUAGCGAACCUUUUGGAAGCCAAGAGUCCGUUGGAGGCUCAUCAUUCUGGCCUUGGAGUUCAAGCAAGAAGGAGAAAAGAAGACUAUCUAACCAAGAAUUUGCACCAACCGUCUCGAAUGACUACGGAAUAUCUCCUUCUGGGUUACAAAAUUAUAGUUCCUCGACUCUCCAACAAGUUUAUCCCGUUCCGACGGGCGACCCUUCGCGAUUUGACGCCGUUCGUAUGUCAACGUCUUCCUCGCCUAAUGUUCAACCGCCUCUUGUACGACCAGGACCGAUACCUCUUCAACAACCUCAACCUAUUACCCCUGUUUCUCAAUCUGUUUAUUACCCAUCUACGACAGGGCCCCCAAUUCUUCCCGGGGAUUCGCAGUUUACUACUCGCUCCGAAGACGCGUUUUCCUAUCCUGAACCUCAUCGUCGCAAUUCUUCUCCGGUGAUACCGACGGCACCACUAGAUGGAACCCCUUCUCCUGGAAUACUCAAGCGAAGGUCCACAGCUAAAGACUCUGCAGCUGUAUCGUUUGCCCUCACCCAAGAACAGGCAGAUAGACAACAAAAAGCUGAUCGCCGAGAGAAGGAGCGUCUCGCACGCAGACGGGAAGAAAAUCGGUUGCGAGAAGAGACAGAAGAAGAAGAGCGUCUCCAGGAGCGAAAUGAUCGAAAGCGAGAAGAACGUCGUCGUCGUGAAGAGUUGGAAGCUGAAGAAGCUGCGCGCGAGGCUCGCCGCCAAACACGCCGUGAGGAGAUUCGAGACGAGAGAGAGUCCGAAGACCGCUCUUCAUCCUCAUGGGUUACACCGGCCGUAGCUGCCGUUGGCACUGCUGCCGUUGCCAGCAUCGUUGCGGAAAAUUUUAGCAAAGAUAAGAAGUCCACAUCGAAUCGAAAGCGAUACGAAGAAAGCCGCGAAAAGCGCCGGUCCGAGCGCCGUCGUGCCUCUGAGAAUCAGGAAGACGUGACAGAGAUGUCUUACGAUGAAGAUCGGCAAUACGACAAUGAAGACGAGUAUAAGAAAAAGGAGGAACGUAUCGCUAAGAUUGCCGCCUCUCGGAUAGUGCGAAAUAAAAGUGUGAGCCCUACUUAUGAGAGUUAUGUAGACUUCUUCAAACCAGAGGAACUGCAGAAUGAGACUUCUCAUGAUAUCGCUUCGAUUGAUCGGCAGAAUGCCAGUGAUUCUGACAUUUCUGUGAUUCCCCCCGUGAGAAUUAACAUAAUUGAACCGACUCCCCCGGCUAGUCAUGAUGGCUCCGUUCGAGAUACCCAUUCCCCUGUUCCUACGCCGGAACCUACAAUCGAGGAGCAGCCGAGGGAAGAAGAUGCGGAGGCAGAAGUGGAGCUAUACUGGACAAACUCAGGAUCACGUGUCUCCUGGGGUGAAGACCGAACUCAUGAAUACGAAGUCGUUACGCCUCUAUCUGAGAAGGACGAACCUGAGCCUAUUAACGAUUACCACGACAAUAUUUCUUUAAGACGGGAUCCCGUUGAAGCGCCAAGUCAAGAUGGAGUCACGAAAGGUACGGCUCAGGAAGACCAAACUUCCCAAAAUGUUGAAAAACACUAUAUGCCUGGUGGCUUUGAGGAUGACUCCGAGUUUGCCGCUACUUUGGCAGCUGGGGCUGAGAUGGCCGGGUUUGAUCCUUCUGUUGUGACCCACGAUGCAUCAUAUUACCGAAGGGAUUCUCCUCCUGGAUCCGAACUGAAAGGCACCUAUCGUAGUUCGAUAGUUGAGAGCGUGGAAGACUCAAGUGAUCGACGUUCAAUCGCAUCUCGGGUGGCAGAGAAGACUGUGCCCGAUGUUGGUGAGAAAAUUGUGCCUAAAGAAUUUGAACCGACGGAUUCUUCAGAUAAGAAGUCCUCCAAAGAUGAACCAAAGGAGAAACAGUUAUAUGAACAAAAUACUGAUAUCGACGGCGAAGGAAAUGUUGACUUCGGCGACACUAGUCGGUCUGUUGCGUCUGUCCCAGUCGAGAGUGGACGUAAAAAGUCCAAGAAAUCGAAGAAAUCGAAGAAAGCAGAGAAAGCAGCCAAAGCUCGCAAUGAUACUGAAAUCGAACCAGAGGAACGUUCUGAAUCUCUUCCUUCCGUUGAGACACCUACCGCUAGUCAAUACGAGGACAGAGCAUUAGACCGUGCUAUUGUGGACCAGAAGAGUGAUUCGGACAAAGUCGAAGAAAACCGAUCAAACAAGUCUUCUAGAAGCCGCAAGGGCCUGAAUAACGAGCUAGAGGAGCGUUCGACACCUCUCCCAUCGACGGAAAAUUCUGACGUCUUCCAAUAUGAAGAUAAAGAUAGGGAUUUUAAGAGUGACUCAGACGGAGCCUGGAAAUCUCGAUCAAAGAAAUCCACCAAAACCCGCAAGGAUUCUGAUACAGAACCGGAGGAGCUCUCCAAACGUCCCUCAUUCACUGAGGUCCCUGGUGCCGUCCAAGAGGACGACGAGGAAUCAUAUCGUGAUACUGUCGAGUAUAAGAGUGAUUCGGAUAAGGUUCAAGAAACUCGAUCAAAAAAGUCUUCCAAAUCUCGCAAGGAUAUUGAUACCGAACCAGAAACUGAUAGCCUGGACUACAAGAAUACCUCAGACAAAGUCCGAGAAAUUAAGGAGGAUUGGGAUGAGGAUGAGAGAGAGAGACGCCGCCGAAAAUCGAAGCGUUCUAGUAAGGAUCGCGAAGACUCAAUGGACGAUGCAAGGUCUGUUGCCGCAUCCGCUCCAGGAGCCGAUGAAUUAGAAAAAUAUCGAUCACGUAGGUCAAAGCGCGAUGAAGAAGACUUUGACGACGAUACUCGUUCUCUUUAUGAUGUGGAUGGUGAUGGAGACAAACGCAGAAGACGUCGCCACAAGCGCCAUAGCGGUGCCUUUGAUGAUGAUACGGUUUCAGUAACAUCUGCCCCAGCCAAUAUUGACGAAACACGCGAGAAGCGUCGCAGUCGAGAAUCAUCUGUUGCCAAGGAAAAAGAAAAGGAAGCAGACCAAGACAAGAAGAGUAGUGGUUUUUUUAGCAACUUGUUUGGCUCAAAGAGUACUGUGGAGCGUUCAUCUGCCUCAUCAGAUAAACGUGAUGUGCGAUCUGAAGUAGGCGUUGAUGAAUACAGCAAGUCUGAGCGUAGACGCAAGAAGAGAUCUUCCGGUGCGUUUAGUGAGGCUUCGCAGUCUGUUAUGGACUUGUCUCAACCAGUCCGAGGUAAUGAAGGAGAAGAAAGUGAGGAUGAUAGUCUAAGUUCUCGAAGACGGCGAAGAGAACAGGAGCGUCGAAACAAAUAUGAAGGAAUUGUCGGAUCGGCUCGUGAUGCAUCAGAGAAGGUAGAUUACUAGUCCCUUUCUCUUCUGCUUUUUGACAUCUCAUUCAAUAUGCCUGUACUUGUAUUCCAUUUUUAUGUUACCCCAGAUAUUAUGAUCUAAUUCUGUAACGAUUUGUGUGC